AUGACUAGUCUUCAUCUAUUAAAGUUAUCUAAUCUAUUACUAUUACAAAUUAUAUCAUCUAUUGACAGUAAUGGAGAUGUGGUGUGUUUGUUGUUAACAUGUAAACAGUUGUAUCAUAAUAGUAUCGGUUUAAGAAGAUUGGUAAAGUUCAAGGGAAUAGAGUUUAUUACUGAUAAUGGUGGCAAAUCAGACAAGUUUAUAGCAACGGCUUUUCAUUUCAACAUCAACUCAUUUAAAGAUAUCUUGGAGAAUAGUAUAUCUGAUCAUCAGGUCGAUCAUAGUCAUUAUCAAAAUAACCACCUUCCUCAAUGGGUACGACAACGCAUCUAUGCCACAGAGAGAGCUGAUAAAAGUGGUAUUACAACAGUAUUGGUGAAUGAUUGCCUACCGUCACUACCACUACAGCCACUCUAUGACAUCCCAUCGGUCGAGACACUUUUUAUUGAUCAAUCAGGCAACCCCUAUGAUCCGAGAGUCAUUGAUCUUGAUGCUAUCUCACAGCUACUUUGUCUCAAACGUCUUUCCUUGCGUUUAAACGAAAUAAAGCUCGGUCCUCACCCAACACUCAAGUGUCUUGAACUCGCUGGACCAACCUAUGGACAACCACCCCUACUAGCCGACUUGGGUCUCACCAAAUUCGUAUCGUUGACAAAGCUGAAAUUAAACAGUUAUUUUACUAGUAUUGGGAUCGAACCAGGUCUAUUUCCAAGCAGUCUGACAUCACUCACUCUGAGGCUUACAGAGAUACCUCCACGAGACACAUUCCUUUCAUUGACGUCGCUAGUCUACCUCGAGAUCCACAUGAAAGAAAAAAUAACUCAUGAGCCACUAAUAAAUCUGGACCAAGAACAACUAUUUAUCGAUCUAGAGAGUCUAACCAACCUACAGACACUCAAGAUAAGAGGCAAUACUGCAAUAUUUCUUACAAGGUACGAGAACAUCACCAUCUCGACUAGUGUCCCUCCUUCACUCAAGAUUCUUUACUUGCAGAAUCAAUGGGUCGAAAUCCCAUCCAGAUGUGUCAUGCCACAAUUGGAGAAAUUAUAUGUGGAACAAUCGUUAUUUAUCAAAGAAAUAAUCAGUUUACAGUCGUGUACAUCCCUCAAGAAACUAUUUAUUUUCGGUUGCAACGAAAUCAUACAAGCCAAUGUCAUCCCAUCAAGCAUAGCUCUCGAAAAGCUUACCAUUAAAAAAUAUACCUCUGAAAAUAUACUUGGACAAGUUGUAUUUCCACCAUCACUCACCCAUCUAUCCAUCGUGGGCGGAGCUGAGAUUGUCCAACUUCCAGACUCACUCAUCAAACUAAAACAGGGAUCCACCAAAGGUACUCCACAGCUCUUACUUCCUCAAAAUUUGAAAAAACUGGUUUGGUAUGACAAUACAGAUUUAGAAUCGAUGGAUAAAAGUGAAGAGUUUCCCUACUCCUCCUCCUCUUAUCCACCAAAUCUUGAAACACUCAAACUACCCGAUGCCCAAGAGGUCUUUAAGAUCGAUGUACCACCAAUCACCAAAUAUCUAUCGGUAUCAUUGUACUCUGUCGGGUCAGAAAUUUAUCCAAUCUUUUCAAUCAGCUCAAUCAUAGCCAACUCUGACCAAUCACAAUGGCUGCCACCCAAUACUACCCAUCUCACUUGCAACCUAUACAACGGUGAUCCUUAUAGCUCAACAGCCUUUAAUUUGGGAGAAGUUAUCAACCACACCAAUGUUAGAUUUUUAAAUAUCGAUUGUGUCAUGUCCCUUGUAUCCUAUCAAUUAUCAAUUCAUAGAUUGGACUCUGAAAAUAACAAUGUAUUGGUAUUGGAAACAAAGUCGUCACUUCAAGGUGGCAUUAUCACUCAGAAAUGGAAACCAAUCAACAAUCUACAGGGCUCGUGGCAUCAAGAACGAGAGAGCAUUUAUGUAUAUUUCUAUUGGGAUAGUCGACGUCGUCAUCAAAUUCAGUUGAAAUCGAGUUUUGUUGGCGCUGACUUUUAUAGUGAUAGAGAUACCUUUGGUGACAAUUAUCUUUCCGACGAUGAAAAUGAUGAUGAGGAUGAAGAAGAUGAUGAAGAUCAAAAUCAAAACCAAGAAUUGGAAAACAGUUAUGAUUAA